CGCAGCAACAGCAGCAGAUGAAGCACGCGCUGCAGCAGUGCAUUGAUGCACAGAAAGACGAGCUGCACAGUUUAAGUCGGGACAUUUGGAGCAACCCCGAGCUCGCCGGAAACGAGACACAGGCGCACGACAGGCUGGUCCGCUUCUUCUCUCGGGACAAAACAUGGACGGUCGACAGUCACUACAAACUACCCACCGCAUUCCGGGCCGUGUGGGAUCCGGUCGGUGGCCGCGAGCGAGCACUGAACGUGGGCUUCCUCUGCGAGUACGACGCGCUUCCGGGUAUCGGACACGCUUGCGGGCACAACCUGAUAGCGGAGGUGGGAGCUGCAGCCGCUCUGGGGCUGAAAGCUGCUUUAGAGAACCAGAGUGAACUCCUUCAACCAGUUAAGAUAACAGUAUUGGGAACUCCUUCGGAGGAGGCUACAGGAGGAAAGAUUGACCUGAUCAAGGCAGGAGCGUUCACUGACAUGGACCUGGUCUUCAUGGCUCACCCCGCUCAGCAAGAUGCUCCAUUCCUUCCCGGUGUCGCUCUCGAUGAGGUGAUAGUGAAGUACUAUGGGAAAGCGUCUCAUGCUUCUGCAUACCCUUGGGAGGGAGUGAACGCCCUGGAUGCUGCUGUGCUGGCCUACAACAACCUCUCUGCACUCAGACAGCAACUCAAACCAGAGUGGAGGCUUCACGGCAUCAUCAAACAUGGAGGGGAGAAGCCCAACAUUAUCCCUGCCUACACAGAGUUGGAGUAUUAUCUGCGCACGCCGCUGGUGAAGGAUCUUUUUGACCUGAAGGCCAAGGCUGAGGCUUGCUUCAGGGCAGCUGCUGUUGCCACCGGCUGCCAAGUGGAGAUAAUCUACCCAUGCAAUUCCUACUAUAACAUUCUGCCUAUUGCCACGCUAGCAAACCUGUAUAAAAAUAACGGAGAAGCUUUGGGGAUUCAGUUUCCAGAGCAGCCAAACAAUUUUUCUGGUUCUACAGACUUUGGCAACGUAUCAUACGUAGUCCCCGGUAUCCAUCCUUUCUUCUACAUCUGCACUGAUGCGCUAAACCACACUGAGGAGUACGCUGUAGCAGCAGGAGCUGAAAAGGCCCAGUUGUACACCCUGAGGACGGCCAAAGCCCUGGCUAUGACAGCUGUGGAUGUAGUGUGCUCCCCCGAUCUGCUGCAGAAAGUGAGAGAGGACUUCAGCCAAGCCAAACUGAAACAGGGGAAACACCUGGAAGGCACGGAUACAUCUUUGACGGCUCCAUAAAUACAAUAAUAUGAAUAACAGUUGUAGAAAAUAGUUGUUCAGGGUUGUGUUGGGCUUUAAGUAGAUUCCUAUACAUAGUAUGGUUACUUUUGAAGGAAAGACCUUAAAGAAAUAUAUGAAUAAUACUAAUAAUAAUUGUAUUAAGGACACCACAAAGAGAAGAUGUAAGGACCUACUAAAUAAAAUCAAAUAAUAUAGAAGAAAUACAUUCAAAUAGAGUACUGAAAACUAGUAAUACUUAGCAAUACAUAAGCAGAUUCCAAAAUAAAAAUUAGGAAACUGCACCCACCUUUAUAAGGUUUAUUCCUACUAGACUAGAUCUGAUGCUUGUCGAGGUUCGAAACCAGCAUGGGUACCUUUUCUUUUAGGGCCAGGACCUGGAAAAAGUGACCUUUUGAAAUCUAAGGGUUAGGGUUAGAAAAUAUUAUAAAGAUAAUAAUUUGCCAUCCGUCUAAUUGUUUUCGCAUUUAGCGCUAAUUAACAAAUGUUAUUAUGCUAAACUAAGAUGUGUUGAGGUUUAGCUCCAAGUACUCUCUGAGCCAAAACAGAUUGCUAUCAGGGCUGCCGACUUAGUUCUGUGGACUCUUUACUAUCUAUACAGUACAUCCAGAACCACAAUUCAGAUAAACCUAAAACGUCAUAAUCUUUAACCUUUUUGUACUGGCGAUUUGAUACACUGUUCAUAAUUGUACGAACAGUUUUUGUAGAGAAUGUAAGAAACACUUUUGAACGUAUCUCAUACAUGAACUCAGCAGAAAGGCCAUUGGUCUUUUCACUCCUUCAGAUUUCUCAGCAUGUUUUCACCAGCAGCACACAGGUCGACUCAAACGUUUGCUUCCCUUGAGCGCCUUUGAGUGGUCACAGAUGUGGUGGAAAAUCCAGUUCUGGACAUCUUUUUGGAUGCUUUAUUCUUUUCAUUUCUCUCUGCUGCAGGGAUUCAAGGAUAAUGGUGCACACAGUUUGAAUUGUCAGCUUGCCCUUGGUGAUGUUACUUGAACCAAAAAAGACAAGUACAAAAGAGAAAGAUGACACAUUCUUUAAAAAAAAAAAAAGAAUCAGAAAAUGGGCUUAAUGUAUUAUAGCCAAGUUUCAUCGACACCUCUCUACUUCAGAGGAUAUAUAUUUAUAUUCUGUAAUACCAUUAACUACUCACAUGUGAAAUAAGGGAUUUAUAUUAUGUGAUUUGGUAAUCAGCAAUAUCAGACCUGUGCUGCAGAGAGGAGAGGCAAUCCAAAGUCUAAUCACUGUGAAAGCUUGUCCUGCAGCGCUGUUUAAAUAUACUGUAAAGGAGAACAGGAUUAAAUUGGAUUAAAUUGUGAGACUGUAGAGGUUGUACCAGAAAAAUGUAGCCAAAUGCUUUAACUGUUUUGAGCAGAUUUUAAUUGAUGUCUUCAGAAGCAACAUUCAGAAAGAAGCGAUAUUCAGCCAUGCAGCAAAAUCCAUUUACAUCUAUGUAUUACACUGAGGAGAUUUAAAAUGUACAGUAUUGCGAUUGUGUUCUUCAGCACCUGUAAGCUCAUUAUCCAACAUGUUUCCCAUUGAUACAUCUUUUACCAGCGUUUGCUAUAAUAUCAGAUUUUGUUGUCAUAAAAUUGUCAUUAACCACCAAAACAUAAUUGAGUUUAUAGCUGAAAAAGACGAUAACACUAGCAACUAACAGGUCACUGUAACCUCAAAGCCUCACAACAUCAAACAGAGGAGAUGAGCUUCAGUUGUAUAAAAUAUUGAAGUAUGAAAUUAGUACAUUUAGUCAAUACCAUAAUUCAUGUUUGGGAUUUACUUAACAUACAUAUUAACAUUUGUGUUUUUAUUGACUGCAUUUUUUGCUCUUUUUCUUUAUAUUGAACUUUGUCGAAUUACAAAAAUGCACGACAGUAAGAAGCUUGACAGCAAAAUAAUUGCACUGAUACAAAGAUCACCAGAACAUUUAACACAUUCUGAAUCAAACUAACGUGCUGCAAAGGAAACACUUUAAAAUAAUCACAUUAUCAGGUUUUUAGAAGAAAAUUCAUUUUUUUUCUCAUCCAAGAGUUGAGAUUUUUACGACGAAGAAUGAUAUCUAGAAUAUAAUAACGACAAACCAACCUUGAAUAUUUUCAGUUUGCCAUUGAUUUUCACGUCUAAUUCAUAUACAAAAGAGAAUGAAUGUGUCAGUAAUCCGCUUCCAGUUCAUAUUUUCAUUAAAGAGUUGUUCUGGACAUCU